AAUUAUAAUCUAAAUUUACAGUUGUAAAUCUACCAAUUUUCGCCGUAUCACCAAAACCAGUGUCAGAAAGCACAAAUGCACAUUUGAGAUCGAUUUGUCUCGCGAUGGAGGUAUCAAACGGGUCGAGCUUUGGGAUCGAGUCUAUACUUUCUCACAGACCGACCAGCCCGUGUAUGUCAAAGGGGGAGUGCAGGUCUCCAGCGGAGUUGAGCCCCCGGUCGGAUCUGGACAGCGGCUGUUCGUCGCCUCCCUCUCCGAGACGGACCUCGGUUGAAGACGCGGUGCAAAGACACGCUCGCGCCCUCGGACUGGACUCUCCUUUACAAAUAUCCCAGCAGCCGCGAACAGUCACGUCCUCGUUCUUGAUCAGAGACAUACUAGCGGACUGCAAACCCCUGGCUGCCUGUGCUCCUUAUUCCAGCACUGGGCAGUCAGCACAAGAUCAUGAAGACUGCAUGGACAAACUUCACAGCAAUUCGUCCUCGGACAGUGAAUACAGGGUGAAAGACGAAGCUGAUCGAGAAAUCUCCAGCAGCAGAGACAGCCCCAGCUCCCGGCUGAAGAAGCCUCGGAAAGCGCGCACUGCGUUCUCGGAUCAGCAGCUGGCGCAGCUCGAGCGCAGCUUCGAGCGUCAGAAGUACCUCAGCGUGCAGGACAGGAUGGAGCUCGCAGCGUCCCUCAACCUCACCGACACACAGGUCAAAACAUGGUACCAAAACCGCAGAACGAAGUGGAAAAGGCAGACAACAGUUGGACUGGAGCUCCUCGCGGAAGCAGGGAAUUACUCAGCUCUACAAAGAAUGUUCCCAUCACCCUAUUUUUACCCUCAAAGUUUGAUGUCUAACCUCGACCCGGGACCAGGGCUGUAUCUGUACAGAGGGCCGUCCGCGCCUCCACCACCGGUUCAGCGGCCUCUGGUCCCGAGGAUCCUCCUGCACGGUCUUCAGGGCGGCGGAGACCCAGCGUCUCUCCCUGGAAUCAUACCGCGACAUACGCCGCGAUGAACUGAUCCAGCCUGACAAAAAACUCCAACCUCAGGAACGACAGGGUUGCGCUUGGACAAUACCCAUGUAUACUGAACAUAUAAACGCGCAAUAAUAGACUUCCCAAAUGACUCUGACUGACCAAAAGGUGAAUGCUAACUAUUUAUUAAACUUUAACGUGCGGAAGUAUCAGAAAAUGAUUUGACGAGGUUCCAUCACCACAUGACCCUCCUGACUGCUUUCUGAAAGAAGUUGCUUUCCCCCUAAGAAAUGGCGUGGUUUAUGUGCACAAAAUUAAGACGCAAGCCAAUCAAAAUAAACAUAUCCUUAAAAAAACAAUUCAACUGAACCAUAUGCAAUACAAUUGUGGAUUUUUUUUGUUGAUAAAAAUGCAUU